AUGGAGGCCAUGCUUCGAGAACAGCAGGAACGACCGGACCUGCUGACCGACCGGCACCUGCUCAUGUCGCGGCUGCCGUCCCUCUCGGACAGGUCGCGUCUCCCGUACGUCGAGGCCGUGCUGCUGGAGACGCAGCGGUUGGCCGACAUCACACCCCUGCUGGUGAUGCAUCAGUCGCUGGCGCCUGUCGACGUCGGCCGACACCGGCUGCCGGCUGGCGUCCAGGUCAUCGCUAACGUACACAGCGUGCACCACAGCGAGCGGCUGUUCCCCGAGCCGCUGCAGUUCCGGCCCGAGCGUUUCCUGGACGCCGACGGCAAGUUUCAGCCGGACAAGAACGUCAUGCCGUUCUCAGUGGGCAAGAGACAGUGUGUGGGCGAGAGUAUGGCGCGGGCUGAGCUGUUCCUCUUUGUCACCUGCUUCAUGCAAAAGUUUACCUUCCAUUGGCCAGAGGGGUUCACACACGACCUGGGAGAAGAUCCAAAAGGCACGUUCCUUCGCAACCCCAAACCGUACAAGCUCGUACCAGAGAGGCGCUGA